AUCGAACAUUUGAAUUUCCAACAGUGUUUGAAAGUCUUGGCUUUCUUUGCAAAUUUAACCGACGACCGUUGACCGUGGAUUUCGCUCGAGUCCUACGCCAGUGGUAGAUCCGGUGAUCGCAGCGCAGCUAUAGGUAGUAUCGUCCAACUAGCGUUCGAGGGAUGCAGGGAAAGGGCAGCUCGGUUCUAUCGCGGUUCUGCAUGGCUUGUAGCUACGGCCUUACCCCCACCGAGUAUCCUGCGCGGCAGUUGGUGGCAGCUGCGUCAGGCGUGGUCGGCGGAAUCGUGUUCACCCUCGCCGUUCGUGUCUUCGUAGAGCUCAGGCUUUGCGGCUACGCGUACUUUGUUACAAUAAAUUCCUUGCGAUUUAAAACGUGGGACUUGAACAGCGAGUCCGAAGACAAUAUUUCUCUGUAUAAACAUAGCCUCGCUGUUCGAGGUCCACCUCCGCGCCUCGCUUUGUCAUUUUUUUCGUUAACUGUCAAAGGACCGGUGCUGCAGCAGUACUUUCCGAAAGUCUGAGAACUUUUCCGGCGAAGUGGUAAACGUAUACACGGAUUUAUUCGUUCGCCAUCGAUCGCUGAUCGCAGAUCGGGUCACCUCGGGUCCGGUGUUUAGUUUUUCCGCGCUCUCCGUAUCCAAACUGCGCUUACAAUUUGCGAUUGGCCAUCGUCGAAAGUUGAAAAACAGAUUCGAAGGGGUGCGACAAUCGACUUUUCAAACUCGUUGAUCCGCGGAUGUACGUACGCGCGACAAAAUAUCCGAUGCGCUGUAAUUUAUACCGUAUGAUACCGGUGUGAGAGCGAGAUGGAAGGAAAAAGUGGAAAAUGGUGAGAGUGCGAGUGCGAGUGCGAGUGAGAGUGGUUUCGUCGUGGUCGUUUGCCGCCGCCGUUGGUGCUGCUGCCGCUCCUGCUACUGACAGCGUUGACUCAGGCUGGUGCGUAAGCGUGAAUCACCGGGCAUUCGUAAACUGCGCGUGAAAAUUCAUCCACUCGUGUUGAUAGCCUUACGAGUUUUUCGCCACGCCUUCGAUCAAGUUUUCAGCCGCAUCUAUGCCGAACAGUCGCGUCUGGUGAAGACAAAUCUUCCGCUAAACUCGAGUCUCGAUGGCUUUCAGGCAGUGAAAUAAGUGGUGCCGAAUACGCCGCUUCGGCGAUAUUGUAAUUGCUACGCACGGGGAGCUCCCUGAACCUGAUCGGGACGCGAUACGUCGGUCAGAGGAACUCGGUGCCCUUUGUCGACUUGCGAGUGGUAGUAUGACGUGGAACAUAAGUUAUAAAUGCAAUUCCGAAUCACUGGUGUGCCGAGUGUAAGAAAUUCACCCCAAGUUUCGAGGUUAGAAGUUCGUACUGCCUAUGGAAAAAUGACCAGCUCGUCCCAUGUAUGACGGAACGUGCACGUCCGUGUGACGUAUCGACGGACGUCGCUUUUAUGACUGUUUGUAAACUGCCGAGUUCGAUCUAAAGCGCAGCUUGUGCCGUGUCCCGAGCGAUAACCUUGGAUUGUGGAAAUUUGGACGGAGACGGGGCUAAACAAAGAUUACGAUGUCGACGGAGAACCAAAACGGGACGCCGACUAUCUCCUUACAGACCAAUGGGAUAAAAUCUUCCGCAACCAGCAUAUCUACGUCGUCGGUGGCCACCGUUGGGCGCACUAUAUCGAACAAUUCCUCGUAUCUGUACAGCACGAGUUCUGUAUCAAAUCGAGAAAAAACGAGGCAAGCACCACCCACGUUGCCAAAGUAUACGUCGAGCUUCAACGCGGGAACGAACGGCAAUGCCGAGAGACUCGCGAGGGAACGGGAAUCCGGGGGCAGCUACCGGCUCGCCAGUUUGGACCGACUCGCGCUUAGGCAAAGAAUACUCGAGGGCGAGGGAAAGCUGAACGGCGACGCUGCCACAACGAUCCAGACGAAACGCGAGCUGUUCUUCAAAGCGGACAGCGGUAGCAUCCCGUCUUCACCCUCGGUACCGCCGCCCCAACCUCCGACAGUUCCGUCAACGGGGACUUCAUUGACGUCCGCCUCGAAUUUACACCCGGGCGUCGCGCCUCCCGCAGCCCCGGCGAAACCUCGGCUCCCUCAAACCGCUGUGGCCCUGAAUCAGAACAAUGACUGCGAGGACAGCAACAAACGCGAGUUUGCUACCUGCAACAAAUCCGACAGUAAAGAGUCACGGCCGCCACCUCCGACAAAACCGAAGGAACUGGACGGCUAUGUCGGAUUCGCGAACCUGCCCAAUCAAGUAUACCGAAAAGCCGUGAAAAAAGGAUUUGACUUCACGCUGAUGGUUGUCGGAGAAUCUGGUCUUGGCAAGUCAACUCUCAUAAACUCUAUGUUCUUGGCGGAUAUAUACAGUUCUGAAUAUCCCGGACCAAGCCUUCGAGUGAAAAAGACUGUCGCAGUUGAGACCAGCAAGGUUCUGUUGAAAGAAAAUGGUGUGAAUCUUACCCUGACGGUCGUAGAUACUCCGGGAUUUGGUGACGCCGUCGAUAACAGCAAUUGUUGGGUACCCGUCAUCGAAUAUAUUGAAUCCAAGUACGAGGAAUUUUUAAAUGCUGAAUCUCGCGUGACCAGGAGACAAAUUGCUGACAGCCGAGUUCACUGUUGUCUCUAUUUCGUGGCGCCAUCCGGACAUGGGUUGAAACCAUUGGACGUUGAAUUUAUGCAACGUCUGCACGACAAAGUUAACAUUAUCCCUGUGAUCGCUAAGGCAGACACCAUGACACCGGACGAAUGUGCGCACUUCAAAAAACAAAUAUUGAAUGAGAUUGCGCAACACAAGAUCAAGAUCUAUGAAUUUCCUGAGGAUGAGGAAGAAGAAGAGAGUAAAUUGCACAAGGUAUUAAGGGAUAGAGUCCCAUUUGCCGUUGUCGGAGCGAAUACGGUCGUUGAACAAGACGGGAAAAAGGUCCGUGGGCGGAAGUACCCAUGGGGAGUUGCCGAAGUCGAAAAUCUCGAACAUUGCGACUUCAUUGCCUUACGAAACAUGGUAAUACGAACACAUCUACAGGAUCUGAAAGACGUGACAAAUAAUGUUCACUAUGAGAACUUUAGGUGUCGAACACUAGCAGGCCUUGGUGUCGAUGGAAAACCAACGAGAAUUUCGAACAAUUUGUGCCCACAAGGAGUGAUGAACAGUUUCAUGAUGGUGUGGAAUCCAUUGGCCCAGAUGGAAGAAGAGAAGCGAGAUCAUGACAACAAAAUGAAGAAAAUGGAAACCGAAAUGGAGCAAGUGUUCGAGAUGAAAGUUCGCGAGAAGAAGCAGAAGCUCAAGGAUUCUGAGACUGACCUACAACGACGGCAUGAGCAAAUGCGACGCUCUUUAGAACAACAGGUUCGAGAACUUGAAGAAAAGAGAAGGGCGUUCGAGUCCGAAAAAAUAACCUGGGAGCAACAGACGGGACACAGCAUUGAAGAGCUACGCAGACGCAGCUUAGAGGCUAACUCCAAAGAGACAGGAUCUGUAUCUUCGGAGGGAUCUGGAGGCGGCGGGGGUACAUUGAGAGGGUCACGAGGGAUAGGAAGUCUCCUGCGUCGACACACCAGUUUCAAAUCACCUCAAGAGAAUCCUACACAGAUACAUCUUGUCAUAAAGCAUCCCGAACACCCCUGAUGAUCUAACUCGUAUUCAGAUUUGCAGGACUUUCUGUAUUGUUCUGUACAUAGGAAACAGUGACUAUUGAUCAUCCUUUAUGAUUCUCAUAAUCUUAGUCGUAAUUUUUAGGCUUUACGCUCUGCACAGUGCUCUAACAUCAGGUCCGGUCACAAAUUGCCUUGAUGUAAUCAAAUUAGUUUUCAAAUAUUUUUUAGAGAAGACCCAUUUUUUUAUCAAUGUUCCUGAAUUGAAUUUUAUGCUGGAAUCUUCGAUCUAGAUAGAUGAAAAGAACAAGACUAUAAUAUUUUUGCCUGUGGCAAUUUGACAUGCGAAAUUGUUAGAUCCAAAUUAACACUGUCACACUUCUUCAAUGAAAAAGCUAUUAAACAUAAGAGCGAUUACAUAAUCUUCAAGAAGUAUUCAAUGAAUUGACGCAGAAUCGAUCUAGUGAUAAUGAUAUACUGGAAGUCCAGCAACUUCUUGUUCGGUUCUUCAAAAACCAGGACUUAUUAUAUUAUUAACUGAUAUCAUUGUGAACUGCACAAGCUGUCUACUCCAUAUUUGAUGUCAUUUUACAAUUCUGUGAAACAUGAGAAUUUCCACUUCACUCGGUCCGCGAUAUCAUCUAACUAGAAUAGAUGUUCUUCUGAAUCCACAGCAGUUCAGACAGCUUGACAGAGGGUUAUCAUAACAUUUACUAAUAUCUUACCGGUAGUAAAUAAUUUUCAAUUGUCAAUUUCAUGAUUAAAGCUUGUUCACCAGCAAACAUAAUGCUUUUUACAUCAUUUGACUAACCAUUCAUUUCCCAUUUCAGUUAGCAUAGUUUGGCAUAUCUCAAUCGUCUGAAAUCAAAUUCCAUUAUUUCAUCUACUAGGAUUCACUUCGUGACACUGCAUCUAUUAGACACACCAUACUACACGCAUGAUUAUGCUUUAUUAAUAGUAAUACGAAAUUUACGAUGUAUUCUCAUACCCUUCUUCUUAGUCAAUCAAGAAAGAAACCCGUUUCUGGUAAAUUUUGUUCUCAACCAUAGUCAUUCCUUUGCAUACUUUGUUGUUGGUCGCAGAUUCGCCACUGCUAUUUGUUCAGCAAAAUUUAAACCACAUCCAACAUCAGUUAUUUUCCAGUAAGCAUGCACAGUGUGGUUUACUGGUCCUCCUUUGUACAAGAGGUAUAUUUACUUUCGUAAUAUCACCUUAGCAUGUGAAAGUGUCCGAUAUCAAUUUGCAUGGUUGGAUGUGACAAUGACAUCGAUAAUUGUCGCUCAAGUAAUGUAGAUAGACCGCCUUGAAAAACCUUCAUGUUACGUGAGUCAUUUCAGUGCAGUAUGAAAAAAAACAGAGGUGUAGAGUUCCUUCAGGCAUACCUGUUAUUAAAAAAUAUUACAACAUAGUCGGAAUGAGUCGAUAAUUGGUAGAUCUUGACGGCCGUCGAUGGCAAGGACAAAAAGAACAAGAAGAAAGGCCUCUUCUAAUCGUACCACCUCAAAUGUAGAACCCUCUAUACUUAAGUAUGAACAGUAAAUACAAAUCUUUACACUAUAUUAAACUAUAAUUUCCAGACUCCAAAGUUCAAACAUCUCUUUACGCCUAUGAAGUAUGCUAUCGAUAAAUCUGUAUUCUAUAGGUAUUUUUUUGAUUAAAGUUUUUCACGAAUUCUUCAACGUCCAAUGCACAUGAAACAUUAUCUCGGUCAUGUGUUAUAAUUGUGUUAGCAGAGGGGUCCGGGAAUUCGUAAUUUUUUAGUGCGGGGAUGUACAAGGAUAAAAAAUCGUCACUUCCUGAAUACGUCCGACAUUUUGCGUGAAUUACAUAAAAUCGUCGGCGUACCUGAAUGUGUCACCGUCUUCAUAUAAUAAUAGUCAUAAGAAUAAUAAAGAUUAUACGCAAAGAUAAUAAUAAUAAUAAUGAUAAUAAUAAUAACAGCAACUAUAAAUAACAAUUGUUUUUAUUAUUAUUAUCACAAAGUUUAACAAAUAUUUAGUAUUGCUGUGCAUUAAAUAUUUUAUUACUAAAAAAUGUAACGAUUGGUUUCCAUAAUAAGCUUGGUAAUGAUGCGUUCUUUCUUGGCGGGCUGGAUCAACGAUUUCGCAAUGCUGAUUUCUCUUACUUUCCGAACAAAUGCAGAGACAUUCUAUCUUAAGAAUUAUGUUUUUUUUUCGUGUGAAAAAUCGAUCAGGUAUGUAAUUCCCGAUCCAUUUAUCAAUAAUUCAAAACCUUUUUAGCGUACGUAAUGAAUUUUUUGUAUAAUCAAUUUUGAUCAGCAUAAACGUUGCCAUUUAGCCUUGGGAAUAAGCUCGAAAAAUUGAUUCGUUAUUUUGUAAGGGGAUCGGCAAAGUACAAUGCUAUAAUUUGUAACGAAUCUUUAUAACCAGUUUAGUGGUCAUUUACCCUACAUGUUUAUGUAUGAAUGAUCAAUUUAAUCGUACAAACGUAAGAUAGAUAUAGCAAAGAGAGUAAGACGAGUUGGUAAUACCUAAAUACCUAUAGAUACCCCAACAUUAGUUUCAUAGAUCUCACAUUUUUCGUCAUUGUGUUUGUACCAGAUGAUAAUUUACUGUCAUGUUGAAAAAAUGCUGUAACUUGAACUUGAUUGAAAAAAUUUUUAUUCACUUCAACCCCAUGCACUUUUGAAGAAUCCAAAUCAACUAUAUGUUUUGACAUACUACAUUUCAUCAAUAGGACAGUAAAUUUGAAACAGCCGUUGUAGAGAAAAAAAACAGCUCAUCGAGCCUUACACAUUACUAGGAACGUCGAGUGUAACUAGUUAUAGUUAAAAUGAUUAAGCUAUACUUUUGUGCCAAGAAGAAAAUUGACAAAUUUUGUAACGCAAGCGAGUGGUUUUUCGCAUUUGUUAAACAAGUCAUGAAAUUCCUUUGAGAAAUUCAUAAUUUAUUUGAUAAAAAAAGCUCCGCGCUACAUUCCUAUUUUGUACGCAUUUUCUAUCAAUCGCCAUUUCCAUCGAUUUGAUGCCAUAUUUAAACAAAAAGUGAUAUGAAUAUAUUCCAAUCCAACGCUAAGUUGAUAAACCACAUAUUUGCAAAGGAUUCAAUACAAGUCGCUACUCUUGAACCGUGACAUGAUUUGUUGCUAAUGAUAAAAUACGAAUUAUUAUUUCGGUCCUAUGCAUUCAAUUGUGAUCCUUAUAGUAUAACCUUGAUUUCAUUCUCGGUUGAUAAGGAGAAGCGUCCGUCUGAUGCGGGUUGUUCGUUUACUUUUAAUCUGCAAUAAUUACCGCCACUGCUGUUGGUGAGGCAUUUUAUAUAAAACUUUCGAACCGUUCAUCUUAAUCUUCACAACGCUAUUCGAUCACAGGAUAUGAAGAAUUAUUUUCUACAAAACCAGAUUGAUUCAAAGUCGACGCUGAACACUAUAAUAGGUGCAUUAAUAUUUAGGAGAAAUAGGUAUAUGGAAUAUGUACGUACGUCCACAGGUUUGUGAAGAGAUCUCGGAAAAUGUAAUACAUACAUAUAUAGAAAGCCGUUCAACGUGAUUAAUGCAAUUGCUUGACAUUUAGGGAUCGAUCGAUCGUUUGCAAUAAACUGGCGGCACGUGAAAACUUCACCUUGCAGCAGUAUGUCGUUAUACCAACAUGCAGCAAUAGAGUCUAGCCGUAGAAUCACGGGACAGACAUAAAGCUUUUAAUCCAUAUGUAUAAUAUCACAUACGUAUACUUAUGUAUGUAAUGAUGAUAUAGCGACGAAUCCAGAUCACUCUGUUUCUUGUGAAAUUAUAAGAAUAAUGAUUAUUAUAGUUAUACCUAUUUUAUCGUGUCGGAGGUGAAAAGCGACGUUACCGACGCUAUUUAUUAUAGACAAAUUGUAACGGUUGAAUCCAUAAUUAUAUGAUGGUAGUUAUAAUUAUGUAUUGAGUAAAUUAUGUAUAAAAAAAUGAAAAAUGUU